AGAGAAAACCCUCACUCCCUCUCCCCUUCUAUAAAAACCCUAACAGCCUAUAUUCUCUUUCGCUUUGUUAUCUCGAUUAAAAGAAAUAGGCACGACUCACCCUUAAAAAAACGUUAUGGCAAGCAAAGAGCCCGAGCUCGAGCAUAGAGAAGACGAAGAAGCUCCCGCCGCCGAUGAUGAAGAUACCGGCGCUCAAGUCGCCCCUAUUAUCAAGCUUGAGGAAGUCGCUGUUAGCACCGGCGAGGAGAACGAAGAUCCCAUCCUCGACCUGAAGUCGAAGCUCUAUCGUUUUGAUAAAGAAGGGAAUCAAUGGAAAGAGAGAGGUGCUGGUACUGUGAAGCUGUUGAAGCACAAAGAAACUGGAAAAGUUCGCCUUGUUAUGAGGCAAUCUAAGACUCUCAAGAUCUGCGCCAAUCAUCUAGUGUUGCCGACGAUGACAGUGCAGGAGCACGCUGGGAAUGAUAAAUCCUGUUUAUGGCACGCUUCUGAUUUUGCAGAUGGUGAAUUGAAAGAUGAACUUUUCUGCAUUCGAUUUGCAUCGGUUGAAAAUUGCAAAACCUUUAUGGAAAUGUUCCAAGAAGUGGCUGAAUCACAAAUAUCAAAUGAGGAAAAUAAAGAUGCAUCUGCUGCUGCUGAGUCACUUGAGAAGUUGAGCGUUGAAGAAACGAAAGAUGAAGUUAAAGCUGAAGAGGAGAAGGAUGUUGCUACAAAGGAAGAGAAGCAAACAGAAAAAGCAGAUGUUGAAAAGAAAGAUGGGGAGGCAGCUUCCUCUACCUAAAGGGAGUUUGGGUUUGCUUUCCAUACCCCAAGGCUUUUGGCGAAUAUGGUGAGAUUUGUAUUCUUUGAAACUAAAUACGUAAUAUAUGAGUUGGAAUGGUCGAGGUCCUUGUGUCCUUAUAUUUGGGUGUGUGUCAAGGGUUGGUCAAACCCCGAGUUCUUUGUCAGUCGUGUUUGCGUGGUUAGUGCGUUUGGGAUUUGGACAGAGUGGAGGAGGAUUCAUUCAACCGGAGUUUUCCUGGUAGUAGUAUCAGCGUCAGUUCAAUUUCUGCUCCGACCAUCCAUUAAUUACUUUUGAAAUU